AUGUGUGAGAAGGUGUGUGAUGACGCGCUGGUGGCUGUCCGCGAGGCUGUCAUAGAAUGGGUGAACAGUGUCUUUGAGGCCGCAUUCAUGCGCAGUUUCAAAGGUCCGGUGCCUGAUAAGCUGUUCAUACAGAGAGAUGGUUGCAUGCGCCUUGCCUUCCAGGUCAUGCUUGACUUCUUCAAUCCGAAUGGGACACAGAAAUGUGGAAACCACAAUUCCAUCAGGAUCUUGGCCGUUGUCAACCUCAACCUGCAUGAGGACAUCUGUUAUUGCCCCAAAUACAUGUGGCUCAGUAUCCAGUAUCAUACUUGGUCCAGAGGAACCCAACCCUGA